AUGGAAGUGUAUCAAAGGUGGACGUCCGACGAUGGGCACUCAGGUUUAAAGGCUGCGACAGCCGUGGCGGAUUUACUGCCCGAGUCGGUGAAGGAGGACUUACAAAACGUGGACGUGUCAGGUGCGAUAAAACACGUACUCGGAGGCGAAGUUUUAUCUAAGUUUUGGCGACAGGCGGGGUUGCAGCACAUCGUGCCUGCAAAAGCGCGAAUGUUCCAGGUGCAAUGCGUGGAUGGGGUGUUUACCCUCAGUUGGCAGGGAAAGAGGAAGAGUGGAUCAAGUGUGCGUCUAGCGGAUGUAACAAGUGUAAUUCCCGGUAGUGAUUCGCUGUUCUUGAAGAAACGCAAGGCACAGGCGCCCGUCUCCAUCGAGCUUGUAGUCGUCUCCAUCCCGGUCCGCAAACGGUUACGGCUUAAGGCCAACACAAGUCUUCCGGACAAGCCGAAUGGCCGUCGCGGCUCGGAUGCCCGCCGUGGCUCCGUAGGCGACGGAAGACGACGACGAGGCAGCACAGUACAGGUUAGAGCGACGCUGGAGACGAGUUACCUCCGAGUUGUGUGUCCUUCGGCAGAGAGUUGGCGCCUCUGGUUUGUCGGGCUGUUAGCUUUGGUUCAGAGGACACGGGAAAUUAGUCAGGCAAGCCGGGUCUGUAAGAGCAUCCAGAACGUGUGGCGCCAGACAGUGAACGAGGAGACUCAGUUGGCUACCUUCGAGGGUAUGGUGGCGUUGCUGAAGGAUAUGAACUUCAAAUGCGAUGUGCGCUAUCUCAUCCUGUUAGUUCGCGAUCGCACCAGAAUCGAGUACCUGGAGUUCGAGAAAGUCCUCGGACGACUACUCACGCAAUCAGACCUGAUGGAUAUGUUCUAUAAAAUCACCGGCAACCGAGAUAGCAUGACGCGAGACGAACUAGUGACCUUCCUCCAAGAUGUACAACUUGCCGCCGAUCGGGAAGAACUACUCGAAACCUACCUGAACUCGGUACCCCAUGAACUCGCGAUCGAGUCCCUCACCCGCCCAACCACACCGCCCUCGCCUGGCAGAUCCCCCAGGCUCGCUCCCGCCGAACCCCACGCGGAGUGCCUCACCGACAUCGGCUUCAACGUCGCCAUGAUGAGCCCCUCCAACUCCAUCUGCAACCCUGCCGCCGUCCGUAAAACAGCCGCCGCCAUGCUAAGCCCCCUCGCCCAUUACUUCAUCAAAACCUACCACAACCCCUGCUUCUUGCAUCCGUGGUGUCUGGGGAGCCCUAUUUCCCGGCUGCAGCGGGUGCUACAGGAGAACUACCGUUGUCUGGAAUUUGACGUGUUCGAAUCCAUGGAUGGCGAGUGUGUGGUACCGUGUGGGUCUGCUCCCCCGCGUUAUGUAUCCUUCAUGCGUGUGUUGCGCGUGUGUAAGGAGGAGGCAUUUAAGACGAAUCCGUAUCCGUUGUUGAUUUUUCUGUCGAUAGAUUGCACGCUGGCCCUGUGCGCGGAAUUGGGUCAACAGAUCAAGAGUACGCUAGGGAAGCAGUUAAUAUUACUAUCAGAUCUGGCAGCGUUUCCUGGGGACAAGAGCGAAGGAAAGAUAGACUGGGAUCUACAACCGGCGAAUUUGAUGAACCACAUGGUCAUAGGUGCAAAACGUCACUACUUACCCAUGAAAGAUGACGAAAGCUUCCUAUCAGACGUGAGAUUACGGCAUCUAGAGGUCCAAUAUGCCGACCAUUCGCCGUACGAUGAAGUUUGUAUGGUGCCACCCCAAGACAAAAACAGCCCUGCACCGCUUGCGUCGUUUGCCAGCGACUUGUCAUCGCACCGUUCAUUGCGACAUACCGGACGUCUCGACCGGUCCAAGGGCUUAUUGGCACUCGAACUCAAGGCCUACGCUGACACCAUCAGCCUCAUCGAUAACGGCACCCUCCUCUCAGACUGUCCACACCGUACCGUCAUUAACACCACAUCCGCUCAACCGCUCAAUGACGUAGACUACAAAACUCAACUAGCUCGCGUUAGCCCCUGCGCUCUCCUGUCCACACUUACCACGCCACCCAACGCCAUUCAGUACUGGCGCAAAGGCAUCCAAAUGGUCUCCUAUUUUGAGUCGCCUGGAAUCGGUGAGUGGAUCCAGCGGGCGAGAUUUCUUGAGAAUGGUAGGUGUGGUUACAUCUUGAAGCCGGCGUAUCUCCGUGGUCUGGAUGCGCCAUCGGGGAGUGGUCCUCGCGAGUUGAGUUUGAAGGUGCUUGGCGGGCGGCAAUUAUUUGUUCCGUAUGUGGGCCGUCGUUCGUUUUCUGUGCGUGUUAGUCUCUUCGAUGACGAUCGGGAGACUCAGGUGCAUAGCACUUCGGCAGUGGAAUCAUCGGGACUUGAUCCGCGUUGGAAUGAGAGGUUAGUUUUCGAGAUUAAACAACCAUCGUUCGCUCUUGUCGUUUUCGAAGUGAGUGCCGCAGAUGAGGUGGUGUGCGGCUUCGCCGUUCCUGCAGCAUGCAUUCAACAGGGCAUCCGCUGGGUCCCGCUCUGGGACCUGGGAGGGCACAUCAUCCCCUGGGCCGGACUUAUCGUUCACUCCGAAUCCAAACUCCUACGCCAGCUACCACUUGAAAACCCACCAGAACUCCAAAGAAGAAAUUCUCUCAAACCACCCAAACACAGAAGACUUAGCGUUGCGCCACAACCUGUUUUAAAUAGAAGGGCGUCAUUAACAAAAAUAGUGGACUAA